GUGUAUUUUACACCUCAUUGCAGCAACGGCAGCGGGCCCUCUACCCCUUGACGGCGCCGAACAAGAUGAUGAGUGUUGGGCAGAUGUGCAGCCAGGAGGCGGAGGUCGCGACCAGCAGCGACGUCGAAGUUCCACGAACGAAAAAGACGUCGUCCAAACGAGCACGGUCAAGGAAACGCCACAGUCCCGCUCCUGUCAGCGACGAACGAGAGUCGUCCGUGCAGGACGACGACGACGACGAUGACGACGAGAGCACAAAAAGUGACAACGGAGGUGGCGGUGGUGGCAGCGAUCACAAUCGAUGGUACUGCAACAUAUGCAAAGACGGCGGCGAACUCUUGUGUUGUGACCGAUGCCCUCGAGCGUUCCACACGGCCUGUCUCUCGAUGGACCCCGACGAUAUCCCUCGUCCCGACAGCAGUUGGUUUUGCAAGCUUUGCAGUGACACUUUGGAACGUCGCAACGCGAAGCGGGCUGCCAAGGACCAGAAACGACACCAGCGCGAAGAGGAGAAGCGCCUGCGCGACCUUGCGCGGGAAGCGAAACUUCGAGAACGAGACGAAGCCUUAGCACGCCGAAGUGCCAAGGCUUUGGAAGACAAGACGAAGAGGGUGUUGGAGAUGAAGGAGCGCAUUGUGAAGAAGCAAAAGGUCACCUACAAAGAUCGAGAAGAAGAGAAGCUGGGCAAGAUCGCAGAAAACUCGGCUGAAACCAUUCGACAGGCCAAGGAAAAGCUUGAAAAACUAGAGAAAGAAGACGCCAUCUUAAAGAAGAAGGAACAGGCGUUGGCAAAGAGCAGACGGCAGAACGAACAGGACGAAAUCACCGACGUUGGCCCCAUUCCUGAAGCUACCCCAUGCAACUUCGGGGGAAUUCCGUCCACAAUGUUUCGCCAGGUCUUGUCGGCGUGGGAUUUCGUUUUGUCGUUUCAAAAAGUGGUUGGCAUAUCCCCAAUGUCGAUCGAGCAACUGUGCGGCGCGAUGAUGUCGCCCAAGUUUUCUCCCCUCGUGAACGAACUCCACAUGUGCUUGCUGGAUUUAAUCUUGGAGAACAGGGAAGGGGACGCAGGUGUGUCGGAAGAAGACGCCGAUAUGGACCCGUCGGAUCGGUACCGUUUUGAAGUCGUGAAUGCGCCCCUGACCGUCGGCGUCCCGACCUCGAAUAUGCUCAAUUUUCUGUCGUGGCCGGCGGUGCUGGCCAACUUAAUCACGGCCGUUCCUCGGUACUUCAACAACGCGUCCCCGGUCAUUAAGGCGGCCGUGGCUACGCUGGACAAGACCGAGUACCCACAGCUCUCGAUUACGCACAAGCUGGCGCUGCUCGAAUUCCUGAUCACGUUGGCGUACAGCACGGACAAAAUCGGGCGAUUGAUCAACCUUCACGUCCAAGAACGCACGGAAGCCUCCAAGGAACACAACCGACUCCUGUUUCAAGAAAAACGAGACAAAGCCGAGGAGAACAAGCGCGCGCUAGAGCAGCAAAAGGCCGAUAAGGCCAAACUCGCGUCCGAGCAAAAGGUGGCCAUGCAAAACUGGCUCAAAGGCGGCAAGAAAGGUGCGGCACCCUUUGUCGACGACGAUUCGGUGGCCAACUCGCACACGGAUGACGCAUCAUCUACCCAAAGCGAGCAUGACGACGACGACAGCGAAAGCUCGUCGGAUGAGGACGACGAAGAGCUCAAGGGUCUCCAGGCAAAGGGUAUCAUUUCUCGACAAGAGUACUUGGUGCGCAAGAAGAAGCUCGAGAUCGAACGAGACGCGCGGCGAAAGGAGAAGGAAGAGCGAGCGAGGAAAAGCAAACAAAAGGAACAACUGCUCAAGAAACGCGCGUUACUUGUCGAAGAACUCAACUUGGCAAUGGAGAUGCGCGAUCUCGACCGCCUUCAACUGAGCUUGAAAGCCGCCAAGGAGAAUGGCAUGCACACAACCAAGAAACCCAAGGUUGCAACAGGUGUGUAUGUGGCAGCAACUCCAGCCGACGUCAAGUUGUACGAAGACGCGAUCGAGUUUGCUGAAAGGUUGGAGGCCGACGUCGCCAAGGAGCAAGAGAUGGAAGAGCGCAAACAAUCAUUUGAAAAGGCUAUGCGCGAGUACUUUAUCCGAACGCAAGCAUUGGGCAAAGAUGGCGCGUCGAGCAAGUACUGGCUCUUCCGCGGCGAUGCGAAGCGGGUUUAUGUCGAGCACUCCGACGGCAAGUGGCUGUACUACGACUCGCCGACGAGUGUUCAAGGACUCUUGGAAGCACUACACGAUAACAACCCUCUCAAGAAAGAACUCUUGCCGCAUGUUGACUUCCUCGUCAAGGAAAUGGCCCAGUCGAGCUCAGCGACCAACGACGAAUGGCAAAACAAGGCCAAGUCGUGGGGUAUCUCGUACCACGACUUGACGCUAGAUGAAGUGAAGAAGGAGUUGCUGCGUGUGCAAGAGACUGUCACCGCUCGCUUGCUCACUACCCGAGGCACGAUGUGGGUCCACAUUCAACAAGCAGAGUGGAUCGACAACGUUCAAACAGCAACUUCGAUUCCAGGCCUCGUGUACGCGGUGCUGGCGUUAGAGCGCGAAGUGUCUGGCCAAGAUGAGGUUCUCUUCAAGGUUGAAGACGAUGACGACGAAGACGAAGACGAAACAUUUGCACAAAACUCGUUAUGGCCAAGCAAACAGUCUCGCGACCGGUGGAUAUCCGUCGUGACUGAUUGCUUCACCCUGUCCAGCAUCGCCUUGUCGCUUGCAGCACUCGUCCAGCGGUUGGAUAUAUGGAGCGUCACUGGUGGCUCGAGUGCGAUCAAGAAAGAAGCCAAGGUGAAGCGCGAAUCGAAGCGCAUCGACUAUGACGACGACGCGGACGGAUCGGAAGCGUCGCCAGUCAAGGCAAAACGACAGUCAGCGGUACAAACUGUCGAACGAGAGUGGGAAGAAUACUGUUGCAUCUGCAAAGAUGGCGGCGACCUGUUGUGUUGUGAUGGUUGCCCCAAAGUAUUUCACUUCACGUGUGUGGGGCUGCGCCGCAUUCCGCGAGGCAAGACAUUCUGUCCUUCGUGCGAUCGGAGUGUCAAGCCUGUGUACCCUGUUGUAAUGCCCCAACUCAAAGGCGACGCCAGCUAUGUCCCGAUAAAGUCUGAAGAGGAGUGGGAUGCCUUUUGCAACGUUUGCAAGAACGGAGGUGAACUCUUGUUGUGCGACGGGUGUCCACGGGCAUUCCACGUCGAGUGUCUCAAGUUGGAGAACUUUGAUGCAAAUGAGGACUGGUUCUGCGUGGACUGUGAAAACCAGUCGUGCGGACAGUGCAAGAAAGGCCGCAUUCGCAUGGAUUCGCACGUCAUUUGCGGCAACGAAGCUGGCACGAAAGGAUGCGAGCGGGUGUUCCAUUUGAAGUGCGCCAAGCUCGAUAAAGUUCCGGUCGACGAUUGGUACUGCAAGCGGUGCCUCAAACUCACCAAGUAGUCCCCCAGCUAGAGCAUUGUCCCCUAGGUCGUAUCCUGUAUAAUGCUACCGUCGGUCGAUCCUGUUG